CGAUCGUUUGCACGCGUGGUUGAACGAAUUUUGGAGUAUCCUAGUCUCAGAUCACAGUCCGCCAGCUUCGGUUCUGCUGGUGUUAUCUGUCCUCUCACUCACACUCAUUCUCAAUUAUCUUCAAUUCGUUCCUCCAUCUUUCCUUCCGACGGCUCUGCUCAUCACUUUGCUUCUUGUCGUCAUAUCCUGGCACCAUUCCAUCACACUCACCGUUUGUCAGCGUCUGAUAUCGAAGCUGAGCUGCCUCCGCCCCCGGACCUGGGACAAGAUUGCGCUCUAGUGGACAUCAUCUCUCGCAAUCUUCAUCCUCGUUAUUUCAAGUCGCAGAGACACUCUCUCAGCUGAGAGUCAGCACUUGAGUGGCUUUGCUUCUUCAUCUUCUUCUUCUUCCCUGCCUAAUCUGCUUUUGCUGUGAUUGUGGAGGUGUUCAAAUAAUAAUCUGUGAAUUUAUAACCUCUUGUGUUUAGAGCUUCUAAGAUACUCCAACUCAUCCUCAUAAGCCAUGGCGGAAAUAAAAAUGCCUGAACUGGAUACAACAGUAUUGAAAGAAGCAAAGUUACCAAUUAUAUGGGUGCUAGGAGGUCCAGGGUCGGGAAAAGGCACACUGUGCAACCAGAUAGUGGCGACAUACGGGUUCACGCACAUCUCGACGGGUGAUCUGCUGAGAGCCGAUGUCCAGUCGGGGUCCGACCGCGGAAAGGCUCUCAACGCCAUCAUGACCAAGGGCGAGCUCGUGCCCACCAAUGUAGUACUGCACUUACUGGCUGAGAAGAUGAUUAGUUUGGUGAGUUCGUCGAAGGGAUUCUUGAUCGAUGGAUAUCCACGAGAACUGGAGCAGGGAAAACAAUUCGAAGAGACGAUUUCGCCGUGUGACAUUAUUUUGUAUUUGGAUGCGAAUGACGAUGUGAUGAUCGCGAGGCUGCUGAAGAGAGGUCAGACGUCGGGUCGAGCGGAUGACAACGAAGAGACAAUAAAAAAGAGACUGAACACGUUCCACACACACAACGAUCCCAUUGUACAAAACUAUGAGAGCAAAACGAAAAAAGUAAGUCCUUGAAAAUCAUAUAUACAGUUGUACAUUCAUAUAGAAUCUACAUAAACAUAUUAUACUGGUGCAUAUAUAUGUUCAUUCAUAUAACCAUAUGUAUAUACUGUAAGUAUAUACUACAU